AUGUCGAGCACUACCACUGUAGCUACACCCAAAUGGCAGAGCGGCCCCGUGGCCAUGUCGCCCGAGCUGUACCAGUACCUGCUGCGCGUGGGCGUGAGGGAGCACCCGGCGCUCACCAAGCUUCGCAACCUCACCGAGCAGCACACCUAUGCCCGCAUGGCCUCCCCGCCUGACGAGGGUGCCCUCAUUGCCUUCCUCCUCCGCCUCAUCGGUGCCAAGCGCACUCUGGAGCUGGGCGUCUUCACGGGCAUCUCGGCACUGGCCACAGCGCUGGCCCUGCCGGAGGACGGCAAGGUGGUGGCGCUCGACGUGAGCGAGGAAUACACCAACGUGGGCAGGCCCGUUUGGGAGGAGGCCGGUGUGGCCCACAAGAUCGAUCUCAGGAUCAAGCCGGCCGUCGAGACCCUCGACGAGCUUCUCAAGGAGGGCCAGCAGGGCACCUUCGACUUUGCCUUUGUCGAUGCUGACAAGGUGAACUACCCGCACUACUACGAGCGAUUGCUGAAGCUGGUGCGAGCGGGCGGCAUCAUCGCCAUCGACAACGUGCUGUGGGGUGGAAAGGUGAUCAAGUCCGAGGUGACCGAUGCCGACACCGUGGCCCUGCGCCAGCUCAACGAGACGAUCAAGGACGACAACCGCGUCGAGCCUGUAAUGCUUGCCAUCGCCGAUGGUCUCACCCUUCUCCGCGUCCUUCCCCAGUGA